CAGCAAAAGUUGGCUAGUAAGGUGACUAAGAAGGUUUUGAUGCCCAUUUGCCAUAAAGUAAUGGGUUGUGCAACUCGUGUGUUUCGGCUACUCCUGUUAAUCCCAUUCUUUGUUAUUGCAGCAGAGGGAACUGUUCUGGAGUUUAUUGCUAUUACGACACUCCAGCAUGAGUGGGGCAUUACACCUCCAAGUUGGAAUGGUUCAGAACCUUGUGACAACUGGGAAGGUAUUGAAUGCACCAAUUCCCGGAUUACUGCUAUAGCAUUGGCAGACAUGGGUUUGGAAGGUCGGCUAUCCAGUGAACUUGAGACGUUCUCUGAGCUAAAGAUCCUGGUUCUGUCUUACAACAAGGACCUGACAGGACAACUUCACGAAGCAUCAAUUGGACGCUUGAGGAAACUGGAAAUCUUAAUCCUGGAUGGUUGCGAUUUCUCUGGUCCUAUUCCAGCUACAAUAGGAUCUCUAAAGCAACUCUCUUAUCUAUCUCUGAAAAAUAAUAGAUUCAGUGGACCAAUUCCGCCUUCUAUCGGCAAUCUGUCCAAUCUAGUCUUUCUGGACCUAUCAGACAACAAACUUGAGGGUCCCAUUCCUGUCUCUAGUAGGACUACAUCUGGUCUUGAUAUGUUAAAUAAAUCAGAGCACUUUCAUUUUUCAAAUAACCAGCUUUCAGGCAAUAUCCCCCCUCAACUCUUCAGCUCAGAGAUGGCUCUUAAACAUUUGAUGUUAGACCGAAAUAAUCUAGAUGGCAGCAUCCCAUCUAAACUCGGACUGGUGAAAACUCUGCAGGCAAUACGCCUUGAUAGGAAUUCUUUAAGCGGGACUGUGCCAUCAAGCCUCAACAAUCUUCGGAAGGUAGCUGAAUUGCACUUGUCCAACAAUAUGCUGAGUGGCCCGGUGCCGAACCUUUCUGGCAUGGAUUCCCUCUAUUAUGUGGACAUCAGCAAUAAUUCUUUUGAUGCAUCAGAGUUUCCGAAUUGGUUUUCAACCUUGACGUUUUUGACAACAUUAAUGAUGGAAAACAUAGGACUUCAGGGACAAGUUCCGCGAGCCCUUUUCAGCCUUGAAUAUUUGGAGUCAGUGGUACUAAGAAACAACAAUCUCAGUGAUUCAUUGGAUAUUGGAACCAAUUAUAGCAAACAAUUGGAGCUAGUUGAUCUGCAGAAGAACAACAUUGCCGUUCUUGCACAGAACUAUGAUGGAUCCAACUACACGCUGAUUCUAGUUGAAAAUCCAAUUUGUGAGGGAAGCAAGUACAACAUGGCAAAGAAAUACUGUAAUAUUUCUCCACCAGAUUCCUCAAUUUCAACUCCAGGAAGUAACUGUCCUACUCCUGUCUGUAAAUCCGACCAGGUUGCUUCCCCCAACUGUAAUUGUGCAUUUCCCUACACACAGACUCUAGUCUUCUUAUUUGUUUCUUACUCAAACUUGGAAGACGUAAACUAUUACAUUCUUCUCGCGGAAAAUCUCACAAGAUCUUUACAGUCCCUCAACCUUCCUGUGGAUUCAGUUUCUCUGAGUUAUCCUAAAUUGGACUCAUCUUCUCAACUUGAACUGAUAAUACGAAUUUUCCCAUCUGGUGGUCAAGUUAGCUUCACCCAAGCAGAAGAGUCAGCUAUAUCAACUGUUCUUAGCAACCAGACUCUCGAUGCACGUCCAAGAUAUUUUGGACCCUUCACUUUUCUUGUUCUUUACACCAACUCUGGAGGAUCAAACAAGGCCGUGAUAAUAGGUACAGCAAUUGGUGGUUCUGUGCUCCUUUCAUUAUUAGUCCUUGUAGGGCUUUAUGCUCUCCACCAGAAGAGGAAAGCAGAUGAGUCAAUGAGUGGAUCGAUCCUUUUGACAGGGAUUCCAAAUAGCAGUGCUAGUGGUCCUCAACUAAAAGGAGCAAGAUUGUUCUCAUUUGAAGAGCUCAAGAAAUGCACCGAUGGUUUUUCAAAAGCAAAAGAUAUUGGAUCUGGGGGUUAUGGCCAGGUGUAUAAGGGAAUUCUUCCUACAGGCCAGAUGGUUGCCAUUAAAAGAGCUAAAAGGGAAUCUAUGCAGGGAGGAGUUGAGUUCAAUGCCGAGGUUGAGCUCCUAUCACGAGUACAUCAUAAGAAUCUUGUUGGCCUUGUUGGUUUUUGUUUUGAACAAGGAGAACAAAUAUUGGUAUAUGAGUAUGUUCCAAAUGGUGAUUUGAGGGACAGCCUAUCAGGGAAGUCCGGAAUCAGGUUGGACUGGAUGAGAAGACUUCAAGUAGCACUUGGUGCGGCGAGAGGUCUGGCAUAUCUUCAUGAACUUGCAAGCCCAACCAUUAUACACCGGGACAUCAAAUCAAACAACAUUCUGCUCGAUAAAGAUUUAAAUGCAAAAGUUGCUGAUUUUGGUCUCUCCAAGUCAAUUGCUGAUAGUGGAAUGGACCACUUAUCUACUCAAGUUAAGGGGACACUGGGCUACUUGGAUCCUGAAUAUUAUAUGACUCAACAGUUGACUGACAAGAGCGACGUGUAUAGCUUUGGCGUGGUAAUGUUGGAGCUGAUAACUGCUAGAAGGCCAAUAAUGCAAGGGAAAUAUAUAGUGAGAGUGGUACAUAUGACAAUGGAUAAGUCGAAAGAUUUGUACAACCUUGAUGACAUUCUUGAUCCAUUCAUUGGUUUAGGAACAGAGCUGAAAGGUGUAGAAAUGUUUGUGGAUUUGGCAAUGUCUUGUGUAGAAGAACUAGGGGAUAAAAGACCAAGAAUGGGGGAAGUGGUGAAACAGAUAGAGAACAUUAUACAAAUCGCUGCUUUGAACGCCGGUACUAAUCCAUUGUCCACUUCAGCAAGUUAUGAGGAAUAUGACUGUAAGGACAGCACCGAGGAUGUUUACAGCAGACCCUUUGAUUAUAGUGGAGCUUUUGACGGAUGAAGGUAGAAGUUUAGUGAAUAUGAUAAUACUUUUAUAAAAUUGAAGUUGAUAAAUUUGGAUUGUUUAUAAAAUUUUAAUACCUUAAAUUGAUUUGAAUGAGAGAUUUGUGCUAAAUAUGGAACUGUACGUAGGUUGUAUUCAGUA